AUGGCAUUUCUAUCGAAUCCUCGUACGAGAGCCGAUUCUCUGUCUCGGUAUUGCCGGUGCUCAGAAGGAAAACAGCCCGCUUUAGGCCAUACUCCCGGCGAUGUCUCAGGACCUUUCACCAGGUCGCUAAGAGAUUUUCUACGAUUACGUGUUGGUCUGGGUCCGGAACGCAGCCAGGUAGAUUCUAUUGCAGCUAAAGCUCAUGAUGCUAGUAUCUUCAGUCGUGCUUCGUAUCACUGCCGGUUGAUUGCCACUAUACCAAUAUAUCUGUUUUGUACUAGCCGUAGUCUCGGGCAGUUGGAUGGGUGCUUCACAGAGGGAAAUGGACCACAUUUCGAAAGUCAAGCCGCAUUAUCAAGAUUUUCUGAUGAAUCAAAGGUCUCAUCUACCAACGCUGACCUAUUUGGCAAUAGAACUACAGCACUUCCCGGGCAUGUUCGGGUGUACCAAUUCUCGUUACUGAGCACGGAAUUCAAGGACACAGGGUGGACCUCAGAUGGCUCUGACAAGUAUCUACUUCGUGUAUCCUGGAGAGUGUUCGUCGGUAGUACGUUGAGGGGAAUUAUACGACGUGGAAACGUUCUAGAUCUAUUCGGGGCCAAUGCCAUUUUGAAGAUCAUGUGGUUUCUUAGUAACACUGAUUAUCUGCCGAACAGUGAUGUCAUAAUAUACGACAUUUCGUAG